CCCUAUCAUCGCCGCCCUCUCCGUCUCCGGAGUCGCCCCCCCUCACCGGCCUUCCGUCGCAUCUUCUGCUUCCGACCGGAGGCUGCCGGUGACUGCCGGACGAGGGGAAGCAUACGGCUUUCGGUGGGGUCGAUAGGUGACGGCGGGCGGCGAUUGGGAAACCGUCGACGGCGGACUCCUCUCUCCCACCACCCCCUAACUCGGCCCUUGCCCGGUCCGUUGGCGUCCGUCCUCUCUUUUCCUGUGUCCGUGGCUGGGUUUUAGGGUUUUAGAGCUCCCCAUUGUCUCCAUCUCAAACGUCUCAAAACUCCGGUUUUGAUACCUUUCAUAUUAAAGGGGACGAGCGGAAAGUUCUUGAUUUGGCGGGAUAUUUGGAUUCUUCUUUUCCAUCCCUUUGGAAUCCAGCAAGGGGGUCGUGGGAGAGAUGGAGGUGGUUAGGGCGGACGGGCGUACCCCGAAUCAACUGAGACCGCUCGCUUGUUCUCGGAAUCUGCUCCACCGAGCUCAUGGAUCGGCUCGUUGGUCCCAAGGUGAUACAAUUGUACUGGCUGCUGUUUACGGACCAAAAGCAGGAACCAGAAAGGGCGAGAAUCCUGAGAAAGCCUGUAUUGAAGUAAUUUGGAAGCCCAAAACUGGGCAGAUUGGAAAAGAAGAAAAGGAGUAUGAGAUGAUCUUGAAGAGAACUUUGCAAAGCAUCUGCCUGUUGACAAUCCAUCCAAAUACCACAACCUCUAUCAUACUUCAGGUCGUUGGUGAUGAUGGUGCUCUUCUCCCAUGUGCCAUCAAUGCAUCCUGUGCUGCACUUGUGGAUUCUGGUAUUCCUUUAAAACAUCUUGCUGUUGCAAUCUGUUGUGGUUUAACAGAGACGGGUUCUGUAAUUUUAGAUCCAACCAAAGCAGAAGAGCAGAAAAUGCGAGCCUUCGCUUAUUUGGUGUUUCCAAAUUCCCCACUUUCUGUCCUUCCUAAAGCACCGUCGGCUGUGGAUGAUGAACCUGGAAUCAUAACAUCUGUUACCCAUGGGCUAAUGUCUGAGUGUCAUUAUAUCAACUGCCUUGGACAUGGCCAUGCUGCAUGUGCAAAGAUCUCAGAAUUUCUUAGGAGAAGCAUGCAGACACAAUUGCCAGGUGACCUUUCAAAAAGCACAUAGACAACAAUUCUUUCCAGGCCAAGAAAACUGCAACAGCUUGGAACAUAUUUUACUGACGACAACUUUAAACAUGUGGGUAUGGAGUCUUGUCUGGACGGUUCUCACAAGAACCCAGGAUCUUCUCAUUCAAGGUGAUUCCUAGACCAAAUGCAGGGCAUAUGAGCUGCCAGGUCCUUCGUUCUACUGUUCAACUGAAGGAUAUGAAAAGCCAUCGACUUGUGUGCACAAUAUGCUUUUUUUGGUACACUAUGCACAAUAUUGUUUGCUUUGAAGUGGAAGAGAGUUCAUGGGAUGGCAAUGAUGUAUUUGUUGGGGCAAUAUUUGAGGUUCAUGAAUGCUUCAGACAUCCUGGAGGCUGGAGCCAUGGUUGAGCCUUGACCUAACCCUGGCAAUAGGGAAUGAACUAAUUGACGUUAAGCUACAUUUGGGUUUCAAUUAAUAGUGAGCGUGGUGCUACUUGUUUGCUGAUUGUUUGAACUUUGAAUUAUACUGGAUUUUCUUGGGGAGUAAUAGUCUUAAGCAGAGGUUUGGAUACCUGCAAAUAUAAAACCUGGUAACUUGACAGGAAUUGGCUUGCAAAUCAAGUGAUGUUUCUUCUUCUUC